UGCAAAAUCAGAGUGGCCACUCCUACCUGUCAGGAUUAGAUUUGGGAUUCGUGGAGCGGACCAAGCGCGCGCGCUCCCCUUCUCUCUCCUCCCCGCCUCGCUCCCGCCACGGCCCCAGAUGGCGACGGCCACCGCUUCCACGUCCCUCCGCCCGCCGCCGUCUCCGUCCCCGCCUCGGCUUGCGGAUUCGCUGCGCCAGUGGUGCUGGGGGAUCCCCGCGCAUUCUUCUCGGAGGAGAGCUUUCCACGCGCAUCGACGGAGGCGGAACACUUUGUUAUGCGCAGCCGUUAAAGGUCCUGAAGAAUCCUUCAAGAAGACAAUUGAAGUGGAUAGGCUGAUUGAUAUGCUGAGAGACGCAAAUCCCACAGAGCUUGAUCUAAUAGUGGUUGAAAAUAUUCUAGCAUUUAGCGAGGGUUUCUGGGUUCGGCUGGCUGCUAGGAUUGAUCUGUGCAAAUCCGAUGAUGACAAAAAAGAUUACGAAGAACUAGCCGAGAAUAUUAUGAACAUAGUUGACCGUGUCGUCCACAAGACUGAUGAAAAGAUUGAACAGUCAACUGAUGUUCUGAAGGCAAUUAUUAGUCCUGUUAUGCAAGAAGGAGAAGAAGUGAUGUGGCCACCAAGAAAUCCAGAGGCUCUCAAAUUGAUGGAGAAAGAAAUAUCAAAUAGAGAAAAAGAAGGACAGCUAGAUGAGAGUUUUCUGUCAGAAGUUAAUGCCCAGCUGAGGCAAGUCAAAGGUGAUGGAGAUAAGCCAGGGCUUCAAGUAAUGCUCCAAAAGGUGUUGCAACUAUAUGCUUCCAACUUUCUCCGAAAGCGCAGUUACGCUCAUAAAGGGGGAGAGGUUGUAGUGCCUGAAAAGUUUCUUGAAUCGAUAAUAGAGGCUCCAGAAAAUGACUGGAACAAGCUGUUGCUUGAUGGACUUACAGUUGGAAAGGGAGAUAUUUCACCUGAAGAAUUUCAUGCUGUUACCAAGAAGAGAAUUGAGAGAAUCUUGAUUCGUACGGAAGGUGGUUCUUAUCAGCAACGGGUACUUGUUGAGUAUAUAAAAGAGAUACAAGCUAGAGCAGAGGAAAUAGUGAACCGGCUUCAAGGACCAGCUGUGUAACGUUCAUGGUAUAUUGCUGUAACCUGUGAAUUCGUUUUAUAGUAGUAAUGUAACUUCAAGAAUCCAUCAUACUCAAUAAAGGACGAAAGAAUGAUUCUAUA